AUGGAAAGAACUUUGAAUGAGAAAAGUCCACCAAAUCUUGUAUUUUUGUUGAUAAAAAAAACCAUUAAAAUGGAAAAAGAUGUAAAGCUACAGGUACUGAGACAAAGACAUCUUUUCAAAAAAAUUCUUUCUUUUAUAUCACAAAACAGUAGAUCAUAUCUCAUCAAUCUCAAUCACAUUAGCAGAAUCCACCAAAAUGUUACCCGGUUCCCAGUGUUUCGUUUUCAUUGCCACUACAAUGAUAUCAUUAGUGUAGAGUGGAUCAUUCGUAACAAAUACUAUACACUUUUCUUUGAGAAGAUCAAGAGAAAUGAGUAUCUCUACCUGAACAGGGGCACUCUCAUUACGAUACUCCAGGACACAUACCUUACCGGUUCACUUGCGAUUUUCAACGUAAUCUUCCAACGUUUUCACUAUUGGUUUAAAGAGGACCGCUCUGGCCUACUAGAUGUACUGCUCACCAGUGGAUCGAUCGAAGUUAUCCAAAUGAUGAUCGUCGACCAGGGAAUCCAGCCAUCAGCCAACUCCAUUCUCUUCCUUCUGCAACGUGCCAAUACCGACGUACUCAAAGCUGUGAUAAAGUGUCACAAAUUAGAGUUUUGGAAGAGCAUACUAUCGACACGUGUUGACCACACCCAUAUUCUUCAGGUCAUCUACACAAAAGCAGCCAACAAUCUAGAGUUGAUACGAUUCUUUUUCGCACAUCUAUGGCCACUGUUUCUAAUCAACAAGAAGGAGUCAGAGGUCAGUGCAAUCUACACAAAGAUGUUUAGUGAUAUCAUCGAACUGAAGGAUCCGGUACUACUCAAGGUGAUGUCCGAGGAAUUUAAGGUUCCAUUUUCGUCGAGUAUAUACAGAAGCUACUACUUUAACCAAUUGUUUCUAUGUCAAUUCGAUUCAAACUUUUAUGAAAUGACAAUCUAUCUGUUCAAAUCAAAUCUGAAUGAAUAUGAAUACAAUCGGUUGAACAUUGACAAUCAAAACCAGCAGCAGCAACAUUCCAAGCAUGAAAUCUACGAAAAGCUUGUCAAGAUUGCAAAUAUUGUCUAUCCAGAUGCAAUUAUUCCUGCGACCUAUAAUGAUACGCGAGUAAAUACGUUCAGUGAAAGCAAAGCGACAACAGCAACAACAAACCAAUACAACUCAUAUGUACAUUACAAUUCAAAGAUUGAAUAUGGUAAUUUUUGGACGGUGGACGAAUACAGUUUGGAUAUGAAUGACAAUCAACUCGAUCAAUUCAUUAGCAAAUACUAUGAUGUACCACUCAAAGUGUUUUAUCCAGAGGAUGACAUACAACUACCUAUUAUCAAGACAAUGAAAAAGGUAGAUUUGGUUGGCAACUCUUCAAUCUUUAUUUGUGCAUGUGCCAACGGUUUGAUCAACAUUGUCAAAUACAUGAUGGAAUGUCAGAUAUUGGAACGUGGCGAUCUUGGCGAUGGCAUGGCCAUUGCAUUCUACUUUAAACGAUACAAUAUUCUUAGCUAUCUACUCUACCAACACAAAGUGAAUUGCGAUGUAAAGAUACUGGAAGCAAUUGGAAUCGCCGGUGAUAUCGACGGUUUCAAUUGUUUCUUUAAUAACGAGCAGCACCAAAAUCAAACCGAGACCAACAAAGAGGAUAUAGUAUCAAACAAAAUCAGUCUGUCCGGCUACGAAAUGGCAAAGAUGAUCAUGAAAGCAGCGAUCUAUGGCAGAAGCCAGUUCUUGGAGCACGUAUUCAAGUGUCGUCUGGUUGACCGUCACCAAUUCGCAAUGAUAUUGGAGGCGGCAUCGAAUCAUCAGAAAUGGAAUGUCUUUUCAAAGUGCAUCGACAUACUCGCCGAGCAAUUCGACGAUCGCGAUGGCAAUACAAUCAGAGAUCGACUGGAGAGUGCCGCUCGAAUCUGCUUGGAACAAGGCAACAUCGAAAUGUUCCACAAACUCCGCGAGAAAUACAACUACGUUCCCAUCAUCGAUAGUCAAACACUGACGAUGCUACUCACGAAAUGCUCAAUACCUAUUCUCUAUUACCUCUACGACACCGUACCUGGAUUCCGAUUGAACAAAAAACUUUUGAAAGAUUGUUUCAAAAAAACGGUCGACUUUGCAAAGAAUCAAGACAUCACUGAUUAUUAUAAUCACGUAAUGAAUGAUUCAAAUAAUAAUAAUAUAUAA